UUAUUUGCUGAUAUGAAUCCAAAACUGGAACCAUUAUACAAUGGGUGUUUACAGAACCGUGCCCAUUGGGAUGACCUGGAUAAAGAGACCAAGGAACAAGCCAAACCAAAAGAACAAAAGUUAGAAGAAAAAAAACCUAUUGAAAAAGAACCCAAGAAAGAUAAUGAACCAAAAAAAGAAAAUGAAACUAAGAAUGAAAAAGAAACUCAGAAAGAAACUAUUGUAAAUGAUGUAAAUAAAGCGAAUGUAAAUAAAACGAUGUUGACAACAAAUGGUACAAUAGAACAACCAUCUCGUACUAAGAAACCUGAAUUAGAUAAACAAGAAUCUAGUCAUCUUCCACCUUCGUCACCAUAUAAACAACAUAAUAAACAGAAGGGGAAACAGAAGAGUGGAUUUUGUAAUAUAACAUGA